UACAACAGCAGUAUCCUUUAUGAGAGAGUUAAAGACACACGGUGUUCUCACUGAAGUAGCUCUCCAUAUAAUCAACAAUGUUUGCAGGUAAUGCCAUCAGACCCAUUGCUCUCAGAGCAGUGUCCGCCAUCGACAGAGCAAUUCCUGGCUUCCCAGUCCUGGCCACCGGAGGCAUCGACUCGGCAGAGAGCGGCCUACAGUUCCUCCACGCCGGGGCGUCAGUGUUACAGGUGUGCAGUGCAGUACAGAACCAGGACUUCACAGUGAUCGAGGAUUACUGUGUGGGUCUGAAGGCCUUGUUGUACCUAAAGAGCGUGGAGCUGAAGGACUGGGACGGCCAGUCUCCUCCGACAGAGAGACACCAGAAGGGGAAACCAGUUCCCAGACUGGUGGACCUGGUGGGAAAGAGCCUCCCGAGCUUUGGGCCGUACCUCCAGCAGAGGACAGACGCCAUCGCAGAGUACAAGAGCCUUUGUUUUGAUCUUUAG